AUGAAAAGGCAACAAAUAGAAGAGAACAGACAAAUAUUAAGACCCAUCGUUGGAGCAAUUGUUCUUUGUGGAAGGCAAAAUAUUUCUCUACAAGGACACAGAGAUGAUUCUUCAAUUUAUCUGUCAGAUGACGUCGACUGUGGCAAUUUUAUAUGUAUGGAGCAGUAUGCGCAGGGACGGACACUGGAAGAGUUUUUCAAGAGCACCUCAAAGAACCUGACGUACAAAUCCAAGACCAUCCAGAAUGAAAUUAUUGAUAUUUGUGGCAACCUCAAUACAAAGAAAAUUACAGAUGAGAUCUGCAAAGCAAGGUUUUUUCUGUUCUCGCUGACGAAGCAGCUAAUUGUGGGAAAUUAGAACAACUUAGUCUCGUUGUUCGUUUUGUGGACGAAACACAUCGCAUUAGAGAACAGUUUCUUGGUUUCCUUCAAUGCAACAGGGGUUUGUCAGGCGAUGCUAUUGCCACUACGAUCAAAGAUUUCCUUCAUGAUCAGAAUUUACCAGUUGAUAACUGUCGUAAUCAGGGUUAUGAUGGAGCAGGAAAUAUGGCGGGGAGGCUAUCUGGAGCAGCAGCUAGGAUUCAAGAAAUUAAUAAGAAAGCCCUUUAUGUCCACUGUAACUUGUAA